AUGGCGUCCAGUCGAGGAUCGUAUUAUUUUAAGAAACUAGAGGAGCAACUCACCUGUUCGGUCUGCUUAGAGCUUUAUACUAAUCCCAGAAUUUUACCAUGUCAUCAUUCUUUCUGUCUCAAAUGUCUAGAGGGCGUCCCUUUAUGCCCUAAACCUGAAAAUAACUAUUAUCUACACUGCCCGAUUUGUCGUUGUAUAACAGAAAUACCAGGAACCGUUGGAGUCUCUGACCUACCUUUAGCUUUCGAGCUCAAUAAUUUUCGAGAUAUUUAUGAUAAAAUGAAGCUAAGUGAGCAUAGCUCUCAAUCAAAAUCAUCUCAGGUAGCAUCUACCGUCAGUGCUUCAGGCCAUGACUCUACCGUGACCACAACUGUUGUGCCGUGCCACCACAGCGAUAAGAAACAAAUUUUCUGUGAAACAUGUAAUACCCUUAUUUGCAUAAAUUGUACUAGUGAGAGUCAUAAAAGUCACAGUUGGAAUUCUCUUGAGGAAAGCUAUCGCAGGUACUGUCAGAAUAUGAGCAGCGAAAUUGCUCCUUUAAGGGAAAAAAUUACUGCUCUCCAGGAUGCUUCUACUCUCCUUGAAAAUGUUGAAAAGGAAAUAAGUAAGCAAGGAGAAGACAUCAAGCAAAGUAUGAAAAUUGCUGCAAAUGAAAUGAUAAAAGCGAUUCGGGAGUCUGAGAGUCAGCUCACUAAUGAAGUGGAGGCAACAAUGAUGAAUAAAUUGCUAGUUGUUUCUAGCCAAAAAAUGUCUGUUGAUGCCUCUCUAGGUCAGCUGAAAAAAUUUGAUGAGUAUUUCAUGGACGCCAUAAAGGGAGAUAAGCCUCAACUAGCCUUACUUGCUAAGCAAAAUAUGAUGAAACGAAUGACAGAAGCCCUCGAGAAUGUAAGGAUGGAAGAAUUUAAUCCAAUGGAUAGAGCUGAUAUGAAAUUUGUGCAAGGAAGUGCCAACAUUUCUGUGGGGAAUCUUGAAUGUUCACUUUUGGCUAUACAAGAGUUUAAGAUUGAAGCUAGUGGUAUUAAACUUGAAGGAAGAAAUUUUGUAUUUUCACUUUCUAUUAUUUUACCAAAUAGCUCUGUUCGCCUCUCACUGCCAAUUGAGUAUCUUUCGUGCACUUUGGUACCAGUUUUUAGUGGGCCACCUAUUUUUACAACAGUUUCUACAACUCCACUUCCUGGACUUUAUCAAGUUAAAUUAAGUUGUACUGGUAGUCAUUGUUGUACUGUUGAAGUAGAGGUGCAUGGUGUUAAGAUCAAAGAUAAGCCUCAAAUCAUGGUACCCAGCAUACCCUUGAAAGCAAUUGGAAUAGAUCUUGGUACAGCCUACUCUUGUGUUGGCAUCUUUCAUGAUGGUAAAGUUGAAAUUGUACCUAAUGAACAAGGCAACAGAAUAACAUCAAGUUUUGUUGCUUUUACUGACGUUGAGCGUUUGAUUGGUGACUCAGCUAAAAACCAGGCCUCUAUGAACCCACUGAACACUGUGUUUGAUGCAAAGAAGCUUCUUGGAAAGAGGAUUGAUGAGUCAUCCAUUGUGUCACAUAACAAAUAUUGGCCAUUUAAGCUACUGGAAGGUAUGAAUGGGAGACCUCUGAUUGAAGUAGAGUACAAAGGAGAAGUUAAAAUGUUCUGUGCUGAAGAAAUUUUGGCAAUGACAUUAGGCAAGAUGAAAGAAAUGUUUGAGACAUAUUUUCACCUACCAGCAGUUGUGGAUGCAGUUAUUACUAUUCCAGCUUCCUUCAAUUCAUUGCAGCGUCAAGCUACAAGAGAUGCUGCAGCAAUUGCUGGUCUCAAUGUGAUUCGUAUGGUCAUUGAGCCUGUUGCUGCUGCACUAGCGUACGGCUAUUAUAAAAGGAUCUCUGAGAUACGUAAUGUGCUCGUUUUUGAUUUAGGAGCUGGUUUUUUAAAUGUUGCUGUUGUAAUUAUUGAAGAAGAAAUAUGUGAAGUGAAGUCUGUUUGCAGUAAUUCUAAUGUUGGUGGUAAUGAAUUUAACAAAAGGUUGGUAGAUUAUUGUAGCAUGCAAUUUAGACGUAAGUACAAAAAGAAUUUAUUUGAAAGUAAGAGAUCUGUUGUUCGCCUGAUGGUUGCAUGUGAGAGAGCGAAAAGAAUGCUAUCUUCAGAGUCUCGUGCCUCAAUUGAAUUGGAUUCGCUUUUUGAAGGGAUAGACUACUACACUACCAUCACUCGAAGCAAGUUUGAAGAAAUCAAUGCUGAUCUUUUUUCUGUAACCUUAGAAUUCAUUGAGAAAGCACUUCGUGAUGCUAAAAUAAGCAAGGAUGAGAUCCAUGAUAUUCUUUUAAUUGGUGGCUCAACUCGUAUUCCAUACGUCCAAAAGUUGUUACAGGAUUUCUUCAAUGGAAAGAAAUUAAACAAAUCGGUCAAUCCAGAUGAAAUUGUGGCAUGCGGCGCUGCUCUUCAGGCAGCCAUUUUGAGUGGAGAUGAAAGUGAGACACUUCAAGACACAUUUCUCUUGAAUGUAAUACCAUUUUCUUUUGGAGUUGAGACUGCAGGUGGUGUAUUUAUGGCUAUGAUUAAGCGAAAUUCUACUUUUCCUGCUAAGGUACAAGAAACUUUCACAACGUACUAUGAUAAUCAGACUAAUAUAGUGAUUAAAGUAUAUGAGGGAGAGAGAGCUAUGACGAAGGACAAUUCCUUACUUGGGAAGUUCUUAGUUUCUGGCAUACCAAAAGCACCAAGAGGCUGCCCAAAGAUUACUAUCACUUUCAGCAUUAAUUCAAAUCAAAUUAUUGAAAUGUUUGUUACUUAUGAAGGACUCACUACUCCAGGAGCUGUCAGUGCAAGUGCUGGUAUUGAAGGUCUUUGUGAACUGGAUGAACCUUUAACAUUUCCAUCAGGCUACAUUGAUGGCAGCAAUGUCAUUAAAUUUCACUUUACUCCACCAAGUAGCGCGCUCACUGUUGAUGACAUGGAACAUAUGGUCGCAAAUGCUAAUCUUUUUAGAGCUGAUGAUAAUCAACAGAGGCAACGGAUUGCUGCAAAGAACCAUUUGGAGAGCUAUGCAUUUGAUGUGAAGGACAAGCUACGAGUGAAAAGAAAUCUGACGGAACAACAACUUAGAGUGAUUGACAAGUGUGACCAGGUCAUUAAAUGGUUAGAUGAAAAUCAAUAUGCUGAUAAAGUAGAGUUUGACUAUCAAAUAAAUGAGUUAGAGAAAGUCUGUUCUCCUGUGAUAGCUAGCUAUUCUAAAAGUGAUGCUGCUUCUACUUCGAAAUGACUCAAUCAUUUUGUCUUCCUGUGUAUAAUUAAACUGUAUUGUGUGUUAGCAUAAUUAUAGAUUAUUUGCAACAAAUAAUUAGUUAGUUUUUAGUUUGUAAAUCUUGCAUCUUUAUAUAAAAAUUGUGACAAGAA